AUAAAUUAGACAGGAUGACAGAAGCAAAAUGCACGUUUGGCACGCGGAUGCCAAUAGACAUCCACAUGCUGAACGAAAUCAUAUACCGGGAGGUGAAGCACUUCAGGAACUACAAGACAUACCGACCUAACUUCGGAUCUAUACCCAUAACCGGUAAGUUCUACGCUGCUCACGACCAGCACAAGGCCGAAAGUGAAGAACACGCCAAGAAGGUGGAAGACUACCACAUAAACGUGGCACAGGCCAGGGCCAAGGGACCUCGCAGCAAAUACAGCGCGCCAGCUACUGAGAACCAAUCUUACGGCUGGUACCACCAACCCCUGGUACCAAUGAACCGCAGCGACCGUCGAUUCUACCAUCCAUUGAGAGAGAGCAAACAAACCAAGAUAGAAAUCAUUAUACUCAUGGCCAAUCCCAAACAUAAAAAGACGGACAAUUAAUAGAAAAUAGGACAACACAAAAAUAUUUUCCAAAAAGGGCUACAUUCUAUGGAUCCUGGUUACUCAUUGGAAGAGCCAUACUUCAAUAUGAAUGGACCAGCUUAACCGGAGUGACUAUCACAGAAAACUGGCGUGAAACAAGAUGAGGAGGUUACUGGAGGCCCAAAGUAGAAUAAUUACAAAACUGGUGAACCAGGACACAGAACUUCCGCUAAUCUUUACAAUUGUGUCACAAUAUUGCAGCUACUUCUAGGUGUACUCUAAUCUAGGUGUAAGUCUACUUCUACUUACGAAGGUGACCGAAUUCACCGAAUGAAGUCAAUCACAAAUAUUUAAUCAUUGUUCCUAAAUUUUCUUCUG